AGAACCGCGCGGCGCCAUCUAAGCCGAGGUCCGCCCGAACCUCAGCGCCAGGCGCGCGAAGAGACCGACCCUCGGGAGGAGGCGCGGGAGGCGGAGGCGCACGGCGGGGCGGGGCGGCGGCGGUGCGCGGGCGGCGCGACGACAGCGUGCAGCGCAAGCUGGAGCGAUUCCACGACGGGCCGGAGGGGCCGCCGCUGCGAGUGCUGCCCAUUGGGGGGGUGGGCGAGAUCGGCAUGAACUGCAUGCUGGUGGGCCACCGCGACCGCUACAUCAUGAUCGACGCCGGACUCAUGUUCCCCGACUACGAGGAGGUGGGCAUGCAGCGCGUGCUGCCGGACACGGCGUUCAUCCACCGCUGGCGCCACAAGAUAGAGGCACUCAUCAUCACGCACGGUCACGAGGACCACAUCGGCGCGCUGCCCUGGGUGCUGCCAGCGCUGGACCCCUCAACGCCUGUCUUCGCCACCGGCUUCACCAUGCAGCUGGUGAAGCGGCGCCUGAAGGAGCACAACCUGCCGUUUGAGAAGCGGUGUAAGGCGGUGCAGAUGCGCACGCGGUUCAGAGCGGGCCCGUUUGAGGUGGAGGCGGUGCGGGUGACGCACUCCAUCCCCGACUGCUGUGGCCUCGUGCUGCGCUGCGACGACGGCACCAUCUUCCACACCGGCGACUGGAAGAUCGAUGAGAAUCCGCUGGACGGCCGCCAGUUUGACCGCGAGUUCCUCGAGGGCUUGUCCAAAGAGGGGGUCACUCUGAUGAUGAGUGACAGCACCAACAGCCUGGCGCCGGGGCGCACCACGUCGGAGAGCAGUGUGGCGGCGGCGCUGAUGGAGGCGGUGCUGGCGGCCAAGGGCCGGGUCAUCACCACACAGUUCGCCUCCAACGUGCACCGCCUCGGCGCCGUCAAGGCUGCCGCUGACGCUGCCGGCCGCCGCCUCGUGUUUCUGGGCAUGUCGCUGCGCACAUACCUCGAUGCUGCCUUCCGUGACGGCCAGGCGCCCUUCGACCCCUCCGUCCUGCUCAAGGCGGAGGACAUGAGUGCCUUCUCCCCACGCGACCUGCUCAUCGUCACCACAGGCUCCCAGGGAGAGCCACGCGCGGCGUUGAACCUGGCGUCGUACGGGACGAGCAAGAUGCUGCAGCUCAACGCCGACGACACCGUGCUCUACUCCGCCAAGAUGAUCCCGGGGAACGAGACGAGGGUGGUGAAGAUGAUGAACCGCAUCGCGCUGCAGGGGCCGCGCAUCCUGCAGGGGCGGCAGCACGGGCUGCACACGUCGGGGCACGCGUACAGCGAGGAGCAGCAGGAGGUGAUUCGGCUGGUGAAGCCGCAGCACUUCCUGCCGGUGCACGGCGAGUACGCGUUCAUGAAGGAGCACGAGCUGCUCGCCCAGCGCCAGGGCAUCCGCCACACCACGGUGAUCAGCAACGGGGAGAUGGUGGGAGUGGCGCCUCUGCGCAACGCCAAGGUGGUGUCCAACGGCUUCUACCACCAACCGCGCAUCCACCUCGAGACCAUGUACAACGACGGAGGCAUAGCGUUUGGCAACGCGCGCGAGAUGGCGGUGGGGGAGCGGCUGCACGUGGCCACCGAGGGCAUCGUCAUCGCCACUGUGGAGGUGUUUCGCGAGCCGCCAGGAGAGGAGGUGCUGGAGGCGUUCACAGACGCCGAUGAGGACGACGAGGGCGACGGCGCCCCACGCGGGCUGCACGGGCGGCUGCAGAUCCGAACGCGGUGCCUGUGGGUGGACCGCGGCAAGCUCACAGACAUGAUGCACAGCGCUGGCAUGGCGGCGCUCAACCGCCUCUCCAGGGAUGCAUCCUUGGCGCUGGUGGAGCGCAGCAUCUCGCAGGUGCUGCGCAAGACGGUGCAGCGCCACAGCAGCCGCCGCCCCGAGGUCAUCGUCACGGCCGUCGACAGCUUCCAGCCGCCCGUGCCGCCGCCGCCCUCGCCCGCCCCUCCCUCCACCCUCUCCGCCGACCUCUCCUCAUUCUCCCCGCGCGUCGCCAAGGUUGGUGCGGCGGCAGAGGAGCAGCAGCCGGGCGGGCAGGAGCAGCGGAGGCGGCAGCGGCGCGAGCAGCAGGAGAGGGAGCUGCGGGAGAUGCUGGCGAGAGACGAGAAGGACGAGGACGCCUUCGGCCCCACCCUGCAGGGGACGGCGGGCGGGCGGGGUGUGCGGAAGGGCGGGAGGCGAGGGCGGGUGGGAGGUGAGAGCACGGAGAGUGACUUGAGUGAGGGCGGGUACAGCAGCAGCAGCAGCGACGAGGAGCGUGACAGGCCAGGUGUUGAUGCUGCCAGUGUGCCUGCUGCUGCUUCUGCUGCUGCUUCAGGCAGCGAUGGCAGUGGCUCGCCAGGGGGGUGGAGGGACAUGGGCUCUGGCAGUGUGACAGCUGUGGUGGUGAGCGGUGCAGAGGAGGGGCAGCAGAGGGGGGAUGAGGCGGCAGGGCAGGGCAAGUCUAGCAAGACACGGAGAGGCAGGCGUCGCUCGGCUGCUAGUGGCAGCAUAGGUGACGGCAGCACGGGUGGUGCAGAAGAGGGAGAGGGGAAGGCAGGUGGUGCUAGUGUGCAGGGAGCGGGUGAAGCGGGAGCAGGUGGGGCAGAGGGAGCAGCGAGUGGCGGGGAGCAAAGCCGCAAGGGGCUCAGUGUGAGGGUAGAGGCCGAGGGAGACGGGGAGGGGGAGGCAGGCAGAAAUGUGGAGGGGGCGGGCAGUGGUGGAGAGGCCGGCAUGGAUGGCAGUGUGGAGAGCCAUUCGGGAGACACACGAGAGGACGUGGGCGAUGAGCCCCCAUUGGGGUCAUCUCACUAG